ACAAAGCGUACAGUAAAGAGGCGGCAAUAUGAAGUCAGUAUUCACGCUUGUUUGUAUUUUAUCUGCCGCACAUUAUGCUACGGCAGACUGCGGUGCGUUGAAGACCUAUACCACGAAAUUGAUACCGGCUUGUGAUCCCAACGAUCUGUAUAUUAAGUGGCCCAACUAUGCGAAUCAGAGUACUUACUAUGUAUGUCUUGCCGUGGGUUAUGCAGAGCUGAUACCCUGUCCCAGUGGCGAUUAUUUUACUUAUGUAAUGCAACAAUGCAGUCCAUGUGACAGUUAUAUUCCAGCGGUACAAUGUAAAGAUCUUAAAACAGAAAAUACACCCAAUUGUGUGGCUAUUGACAAUUCUACAACAUCAACUACAACCAGUUCUCCCACGCCAAUUUAUCCAUCGACAAAGAACACCACCACAGGCGCUUCAACAACUACAACCGCUAGCACUACCGUUAGCACUACCGUUGUAACACCACCCACAGCUAAAGCUUCUACAGCUUCUUCAUCUUCUUCCUCUUCUACUUCUACUACUUCUUCGACAACUACCACUGCCUUCCCAGCACCUCCCACUCCAGCUACUACCGCCGCAGGUGUGCCGGUUCCACCAACACCAGCUCCAACACCACCAACCAUUGUGGAAGAGCCACCGAUGGCUGUCUAAUAAACAUCACAUUUUCAGCGCAUUUGCAGUGAGCGUGGAAACCUAUGCACGUUUAGAAAUCGCAGAUAUAAAUUAAAAGUUUUAACAAUAAAAUUGGAAAG